UAGAGUCAUAGAAUUUUCUUUUUUGUGUGUGUUUAUUAGUAGUAAAAGGUCUGUGUUCUUAGAUGUAUAAAAAUUACAAUGGUAUUUCUUUGUAGGUUUUAUAACCUCUACUGAGAGUUCUGUUUUCUUUUUUCCUUUCUUUCAUUCUUUUUUCUAUGUUAUCUGGACAUCUUUCAAAAAGGCUGAAAAGUGUCAUCAAACAUCUACUGUGAAAUUUCUUAUCAGUAAUCUUAAUGUACAAAUCACUAAAUGUCAUUAUCUGAGAGAAUAGGGGAAUAACUUAAUUGGAAAAACCAGCAGAUAGUAGGGACAAGCAAAUCAAAAAAAGUAACGCAACCAGGUAAAUCAUCCUCUGACUUUCAGAUGAGAACAUGUGACAAAAAUACCCCGAGGUUUUGGAAAACAAACAUUGACUUAACAUCUUUCCUGCCCCGUUAGACUGAAUUCUUCACAAAGUCCACAUUGAAAACCAAUUAGCAAUUUCAUAUCUUAUUUUUUUCCUGUCCAAAUAUAAUACAAUCUAGUAAAUAAUCACAGUAUUCUGAAUGGGCUGUGCGAUUGUAUAUAAAUAGCCUGAUAUUAGAGAAGAGAGAGGACAGUGAGAAGGCUCAGUGGAAGUGAGAGAAUUAGUGAUGAUAUCUGAGAACAGCUAAGUUUGAAGUUCCUCUAUAAUGUGCAUUGGUCCUUUUUGUUCUGCCCAAGGGAAAUUCUGCCCUCCUGAUACAGUACUUAUAAGCUUGCCAUAAAAAACACAACACUAAAGCAACAUCAAUCUGGUAGUGGAGGUUAAUCUCUGGAUUUUUGAGUGAUCAAGGAUGUUUUUUCUCUUAUUGAGUGCGUUGUUGUUUCUCCAGUCCUCUGCUGAUGGAUCCAUCAAAACAGAAGAGAGCUACUGGACACUUAAACCAAAUGUGCUUGUGGUGAAUGCCAAUGUAGGUGAGGAUGUAAACGUGCCUCUUAUCUGUGGAGAGGCUUAUGAAAGGGAAAAUAUUACAUGGACCAAAAACGGCUAUGAAAAUCUUGAUGCCCAAGGAAACAGGAUUGUCCUCACAGUAGAGGGGUGGAUGGGGGGCAACUACUCUUGUUUCAGUAGUGAGGGAUCCUACCUAAACCACACACUGGUGCUGGCUCAGUGGACCUACAGGAAGUUUAUCAAGAAUACGCCUGAGAAAGGUUACAUUGAUUGUUCAUCUAAUAACUAUGGAGGUUCCUUCAAAUGUGAUUGGAAAUGGGAUAGAAAUAGGAACGGCCAUGUUGCUCAUAUCAAAGCCACACGCCCUGGUGGAAGCAACAUCAGCUGUUCUCUGGAUUCCAAUGGAUUUGUCACAUGCUUAGACCAUGACUAUUGUCCCUAUGCCGAAGAAGUGGAGCGUAUCAACCUGACCAUAUACUUCAGAAGCAGCUUUGUUGUUGAAUCCUACAAUACAAAGUUCUACAUCAUGGAUAUCGUGAGGCCUGAUAUGGUGCCUAUUAGACUGAUCAAUAAAACAUCCAUAGAGGUCAAAUAUCCCCACUCCUGGAGCACACCAUCAUCCUACUUCCCUCUUACAUUCCAAGUGAAAGAGAUUCGUUGUCGGAAACAUGACAAUUGUGACUGCUCCAAACUGAACUCACAGGAGAUUUUCUUCACACAAAGUCAGCAGCUGCCAGUGACAAAAGGGAUGACGGUGUGUGUGAGAGCGAGGGAUGAAUUCUGUAAUUCCUCAUGGAGUGACUGGAACCAGAGGGAAGUUCAAGUCAACAUGAGUGAAUAGCUGAGUCAGCUGUGGCUUCAUCACAAGAGGAGAAAUUUCUAGGGGUUUGGAGAUGAUAAUUCCCCAUAAAGCAUGAUUGAGUUUCAACGUGUGCUGUGCCCUCAAGAUGCCACGGCUCUCGCUAAUCCGCUCUCCGCGGCGCACAUGCUCAGUACCGAUCACUGUGGCAGUCUGUAAUGGCUGCGGGAUGAUGUGAUACGAGUCCCGGUGC